AUGGCGGUCCGUGGCUACCCACACGUAGCGUUGCCGCUGGCCACUGUCCUUCUCCUCGCCGCCCUCUCGGCGUACCUCUUCUCCUCGGGCUUCCUCCUCUCACGGGUCACGGUCCCCACCACUGCGAGCAUCGAUCAGCAGCGUCCGCCCUGGGUCCCAGCUCCGGCUCCGGCUCCGGCUCCAUCGAGCGCAGACUCGAGCUCCAAUACGGACUCUCGCUCGUCAGCCACAGCGGCGCCGACGGUCCACGAGCCUAAGCGGAUCGUGAUGGUUGUCAUCGACGCCCUCCGCUACGACUUUGCCUUUCCGCCGCCGCCGUCGUCGGACGAGUUCAAUCCAGCGUUCCAUGGCCGGCUGCCUGUGCUGGAAGACAUUGCCGGGCCUGGCGGGGCCGGAUUGGCGGUGCGGCUGCAGGCGGAUCCGCCGACAACCACCAUGCAGCGGCUCAAGGCGCUGAUGUCUGGCGGCCUGCCGGCAUUCAUCGAGAUCGGGUCCAACUUUGACGCCCAGGCGCUUGACGAAGACUCGCUGCCGCUGCAAAUGCUGGGCGGCGGGAAGCGUGUGGCGUUUAUGGGCGACGACACGUGGGGUGGCCUGUUUCCGGGCCUGCUCGGCGCCGAGCCCGCGCUCUUUGACUCGUUCAACGUCAAGGAUCUCGACACGGUCGACGCCGGCAUCGAGGCCCGCCUCUUCCCGCUGCUGGAGCAGCCUGCAGACGGUGACGCUUACGACGCCAUCAUUGCGCACUUUCUCGGCGUCGAUCACGCGGGCCACACCUAUGGGCCGAACCAUCCGCGGAUGUCGGACAAGCUCGAUCAGAUGAAUACCGAUAUCGCCCGCGUUGUUGCCGCCCUUGCUGACGACGACCUGCUGGUGAUCCUCGGCGACCACGGCAUGACGUCUGACGGUGGGCACGGCGGUGCCACGCUUCUGGAGACCGGCUCGGUUCUGGUGGCGUACUCCCCGGCACGCGCCUACUCUUGCCUGAGCACGGCGCUUCCGGCAGGCACCGUUGUUGAUGCGUACCAGAUCGACAUGGUGCCCGCGCUGGCGACGCUGCUUGGCCUUCCGAUUCCGUUUUCAUCGAUGGGUGUGGCCUUUGAGCCGCUCCUCUGUGCACUUCCGCUCUCCCGCCUCGAGACUGCCCGCUUUGCCAACGCGGCACAGAUCUCGGGCUACCUGCACGCGUACGGCGCGACGCCGCGCGGUGCGGCGGUGGCUGCCAAGCUCUCUCCUCUCCUCGCCGAGCUCGAUGCUGCGCUGGCGAGCAGCGGCGAGGGCCGGAGCCAUGUGCUCCCGCCGCUGCUGCGGAGCCUCUCGGACGCUGCCCGCGAUCAUUUCACCACCUUUGACCUUGUGGCCAUGGCCAGCGGCCUGGUGUGCGGUGUGCUGGCGCUCUGCUGGCUAAUCGCCAUUGCUGCGGUCGUCCGUGCACCGCAGGCCUCGUGCUCGCCGACAGCGCUCACCAUCCACGCCAGCAUUGCCGCUGCUGCGGUAUUCUACGUUGUCUACCGAAUGCCGCAGGGCAUGGUGGGCGUGCCGAGCGUUGCAGACAUGCUCGGCACCGCCGGGUCGGGAACGCGGAUCUCGGUCGGCAUCGCGGCUGGGUGCAUGGCUGGCAGCCUGCUCGCAGCGUGGUACAUGAUGAGCGAGGUGUGCGGCGGAGUGGCCGAGCUUGCAGCCGGCAUGCGGCUGGUCAACGGGCCAUGGUACGGCGCCGGUGCGGUGUUUGUUGUCCUGGUUGCCGUGGCGCAGCUCUCCAACUCGUACGUUGAGGCGCUCGCGUCGGUGGUCCGGUACCUCACGCUCACCGGCGUGCUCCUCUCGUGGCGGGCCGGCGCCAACGCCUACGUCGAGCUUGGGCAGCCGCUGCUGCCGGCCAAGGCAUGGACCAUUCCACUCAGCUCGUUGGCCGGCCCGCCGCUGUGGCAUGUUGUGCACGUGCUGUGGCUUGCAGUGACGGUGCUGGCGAGCGGGUAUUCAGUGUGCGCCCCGGAGCGGGCGAGCUGCGCCGGCUCAUCGUACGAGGUGCCGCUGCUGCUGCAGCUCUCAGCGCCGCUGCUAGUCGGCCUCGGCGUUCACCGAAUUGUGCGUGGGCGACGCAACGAGCUCGAGCGCGGCGAGGUGGUGGCCAAGUAUCUUGUGCCGGGCAUCGGCGGGCUCAUCUCUGCGCACUGGACCCUACACGCGCUCUCGAUCCUCCCGGUCUCGAACGAAUCGCCAGUCGGCAUCAUGGCCAACGUCGCGCUGCCGCGUGCAGUGUACGGCCUCGCCUUUGCCGCACUGGCGCUUGUGGUGGGAACGCCCAAGUUUGCUUUGACCCAGCUAGUGCCUGCGCGCCGGGAGGGCGAGGAUGCGCGUCUGCUGGUGGUCGGCUUCUCGACAGCGCUUGGCUCGACGCUCCUCUGCGCGUGGGCGGUGGUGGCGCUGGUAGCGUCGAUGGUUCUCGGCUUCCGCGCCGGGUGGUGGCUGCUGCUGGUUGCGGCGUGGAUGGCUGCAGCAAGCAAGGCAGCGCACAUGCUGUCGGGCCUCCACGCCAAGGCCAAGGGCCUGUACCGACGCAAGGGCGUGCAGAUCAUGCACGACCGAGCGCGCGACUCGUUUGAUGGGGUCAAGAAGCGGCCGGGCCUUGUGCGGAGCGCCGGACGAGCGGCCGACGUGCCGGGGCGGUUCUUUGGCUCGACGGCAGUGCUCUGGUCGCUCGGCUUGCUGCUCUUUUACUUUGCGUCGGGCGGUCGGUACGCCUUUGCCUCGCUCCGUGUCGACGCCGCCUUUGUCGGCUUUGUUCGGCUCGACUCGCAGGUUGUGGGCGGGGCGCUUGUGGCACUGGCAACGCUCGCCGCGCCGAUCUUGUUUGCACUCGGCAUGCCCAUGGCUGUGGUCUGGUUUGAGAGCCACAAGCUCCAGCGCGACUACCACCGCGACGCGCUCCUGCGGCGGAUCCGGUACCCUCUGGCAGCCGGCGCCAUGGCUUUCCUCAUGGUCGAGAACCGGCACCUGAUGGCGUUCCGUGUCUUUGCGCCCAAGUUUGCCUUUGAUGCGGUGCUCGCUCUCUCGGUACUGGCUAUCUCGCUCUGCGCGUGGCUCCUCACCAAGCGGAUUGUCCGCUACCUGGCCGACGCCGUGGCGCCGCACAGCCACACCGACGGCAGCUCUGGCGAGAACAUUGUUGAGGCGGCAGCGUCUUUGUGAGGUUUCGGCGCAAUGGCUAGCGCCGGACUGAAGCCAGCGGAGGGAACGAGGCGUUCUUGGAGAGAACGACUGUGGCCCGCUCGUGCGAGAUGUAGCCCUUCAUGUAUCCCUUGUAGAUAAAGUUGGCGAGCAGGCACUCGGUCUCUGCGUC